UCGAUAAACAUGGAACUAAAAGCCAUUAAACUAAGAAUUGAAUAAACAUGGAAAGAAAAUCAACUAUUUUCAACUGAAAAUUCGUCUAAUGUGUUGUUUUAUUAUAUUAGAGUAUAUUGAAAAAUAUAUUUAUUAACUGAGAAAAAGUGAAGCUAAGAACAGAAAAAUAUUAUUUACUCAUAUAUCUAUAAAGAAAUUUAUUUGAUCCAGUAACCAUGGGUGAACGGAAAGGCCAAAAUCUAUAUUAUCCCCCCGAUUACGACCCUAAAGUCGGGGGGUUAAAUAAAUUCAUGGGUACCCAUGCUUUACGAGAAAGAGCCAGGAAGCUACACAUGGGUAUCUUAAUAAUUCGAUUUGAAAUGCCAUAUAACAUAUGGUGUGAAGGAUGUAAAAAUCACAUUGGUAUGGGUGUAAGGUACAAUGCGGAGAAGACGAAAAUCGGAAUGUACUACAGUACUCCUGUGUAUCAAUUUCGUAUGAAAUGCCAUUUGUGUGAUAACCACUUUGAAAUAAAAACAGAUCCAGGUAAUCUUGACUAUGUCAUUGUAUCUGGAGCAAGGAGGCAAGAAAACAGAUGGGAUCCGACAGAGAAUGGCCAGAUUGUUCCAGACACAAAAGAAACACAAAAACGUCUUUUCGACGAUGCCAUGUUCAAAUUAGAGCACAAGACUGGAGAUGAAGAUAUGAGUAAACUUGCUAAGCCUCGUCUCGGCUUGCUUGUAGGUAGAAAUGAAAUGGUGUGGAAAGAUGAUUAUGAGGCCAAUUGUGUGCUACGAAGAAAUUUUAGGAAGCGAAGAAAAGAACUUGAAGAAUCAGCUGUAAAUGACAGCUUGCUGCUUGCAAAAUCUUCUCUAAAUAUAAAUCUGUUGCCUGAAUCAGAAGAGGAUAAGAACAUGGCUUCGUUGCUUUCCUUAAGACCAUCACGCAGUAUUGAAGAGAAGCAUAGUGUUGCCAGAAGCAAAAUAUUAAAUAGUCCAGCAUUACCUAGCUCUAGUGGACUUUUGACUAGUUUUGGUGGUUUGAAAAAGGAAGAAUCUAUAAGCAAAGCUGUUCCCUUAACUCGAAAUUCUUUAGGAAUAAUGAUAAAAAGAAACAAAACAAAUGACAAAGAUCAAAGUAGCAUAGAAACUAAAUUGAAUGAUAAUAAUAAUGAAAAGGAGUUGGGUAUGAAAGAUAAGGUACAAGAUAGUAUCGAAACCGAAAUAAGAAAUAAAGUAUCUUUAGUUGGUGAUUAUAGUUCAAGCAGUGAAAACUCUGAUUAACACACUGUUUUUUUUUUCAUUUGAUAAUAAUUUGUAAAUAUAUAAUAUUUUACACA